GAAAAAUAUGCGUCAACCCGUCUGCACCGGAACAACAGCUGGAGAUAGCACCAGCAUGGCCUCGCAGUCGUCUUUUGGGUCACGAAAUCAAUCUUUUCCGUCUUCUUGUCUUCCUUCACACCCACCAUCACAACAGACCCAGUAUCCAACUGCUGAAGACCUUAAACGCAGAUACCGGGAAGCCUUCAUUGUGAGACACCUGCCACCUGAGGCUAAGGACAUGGAAUCCAACGAUACUUCCCCAACAACUCCUACGCACCGCGCUCAAUACCCUUCGAUCAGCUCUGACCUACCUUCCCCUCAACCAUUCCGGCUGCUAUUCGGAGGAGUUACUGCAAGUGGUGAAAGUGAUCCAGGAAAGCUGUCCAAAUUCCACAGUCUUGAGAAUGAUGCCCAUUUCUCGGAAGAAGAGUCUGAACUCUCCGAUAUCCGACAAUCAUUGGAAGGACUCACGAGAUUCACAGAGAUGAUGAAGUCUGGUCUUGCGGCUGCUUCCUUGAAGAUUUCCGAUCUGAAUCCAAACGCACCACUCGGAGUAACAAAUCGACUUUCCGGUUUCCGUCUCGGGAAGGACGCAAUCAUCACCAGUGCUCAUUUCACCCAAUGGCCAACCACCUAUGGAGAGGUUCCUCAAGGCCGACGAGAGGACUGUCAGUUUCGGUUUCGGGAAGAUCAAGUACUCACCGGAACUCCGAAAGAAGGCAAGCUCGUGUUUCAUCAAUCUCAGUGCAUGGCAUGGGUGAUCCGGUGGGAUGGUUUGUUCUCAGGCAAACGGCAUCGUCAAAGUCUGCGGCGUCCUAUCUGGUGGGAAUGCUGAGAGAGAUCCUAACACAAUGGUCCUCUUCGCAGAGGAGAUGAAAGAAUGGUUCACUGCGGCAGUCUUCGAACGUCAAGACGAUCUGGACAAGAACUGCUGCAAGUUUCUCAAGUGUUUCGUCCAUGUCCACCAGUGGCGUCGCCGCUACCAAGUCAACAGCACUUUCAGGUGCCGAUCUCACAUCUCUACCACAAGGUAUCGACCCCGAUGUGGAAAUGACCAUGGACGCCAGUAUGGGAGACCCGAACAUCAAUGCUGCUUCUUCAGGACAGUAACUGAGGCUUUCAGACUGGUCGAGGUGUUGGCUGCUUGGUACAACGAAUGAUGGAGCUCAAGGCUAAGGUCGAUAUCUACAUGAUGGGCGAAAGUCUUCAUGACUUGAGCGUGAAUGAUUUCAUCCGCUGCUGAAGGCCCCAUCACUAUAUGUAUGCGUUCAGUUCCUUCAUACCAACCAACACUGGUACCAUCGAUCGUUGAGCCUACCUUUUCUCUCAUAGCACCAAAUUUCACAGUGGUACCUUUUCCCUUAGCAGUGCGUCUUCUCUCACCAGACAUACAC